AUGAACACCGAGUACUCGAUUUACAACCGAGUGCACUUAGUUGCUACACCGAAUACUCGAUUUACAACCGAUAUCACUUCUAGUAUCGCCACUAGUAUCGCCACCAGUAUCGCCUCUAGCAUUGCCUUGCCACCAGUAUCGCCUCUAGCAUUGCCUUGCUACCAGUAUCGCCUCCAGUAUUGCCUUGCCACCAGUAUCGCCUUUAGUAUCGCCACCAAUAUCGCUACCAGCGCUACCACUGGUAUUGCUUUGCCUUUAGUAUCGCAUCCAGCAAAUAGUAGCGGCGGUGAGGUAGUGGCGGCGGUGAGGUAA